GCUGCAUUCAGUCGGCGACGGCGUCGCAGUCAACAUCGAGCGGUAAACGGUAAAUAAAAGCCAGCACUCGUCGCUUUGGUGCGUCGCUUUGUUUUUGUGGAAACAACUUUAGUUUGCUACCGAAGAUUAUAUUAAAUAGUGUUUAGUAAUGUGAAAACAAAAAAAAAUAUAAGAAAUUUUGAAAAAUCCCAACCGGCCGUGCAAUUACGAAAUUCCCUGUGUGUGUGUGUUGUGUGAUAUUUGUGCGUUUUAAUUUUGGCUGCGCUUCCAUGUGUGCGUCUAUAAAUACGCCAGCAACAAAAGGCGAAAAACCCGACUAAAAAGCAAAAAGGCCGAAAUGCUAAAUAUGAAAUAUCAUCAGCAUAACUGACGGGUUGAUUGACUUGAAGGAAUUUGGUGUGUGUGAGUGAAUCCCCUUGAGAGAUAACCCGAAAACAAAAUCCAGCAGCCGCAGACGCAUCCGCGCAGCUUCCGUUGCUUCCCAGCCUUAUCUUCCGACGCGAUUUCGAUCGCUUGUGAAACGCUCCAAGUUGCAUCGUCUGCUAUUAACCCGAGAAUUAAAUGGCGUGUGGCUUUUAUGGUCGCUGGUCCCACGCAAAGUCACGAAAACUGAACGGAGAUUUCUCAUUGUCGGAUAAUUCUCAUAUUAUUGCUCCGGAGACUGAGACUCGGACCACGUAGCAUACCAAUUCUCAAGUUCACUGGCGGACAAAAAAAAAUUAAGUUUAAUAAAAACAAAAAAAUAAAAUAAAACUAAAACUGUGGGAACAUCAAAUCCGGUUAAUUAAAGAAAGAAAAUACAAAAAAGUCAUCAAAAAAUUGAAGAAAAUAUUCACGGUAUUACCUGCAUUUCUGGACAAGUGGGUCAAAAGAAGAAGAGGAAGAAAAGGCUGACAAAAGAUACAUUUUUGCCAUUGGCACGUUCCAAGAAAUUGCAGCAAUAAAAAAAAAUCUGCCGACAGAGUUUUCCCCGAAGAACAACAACAAACACAAACAAUUCAUUGAUAAAAAAUGGCAAUAAAAAAACAAAAACAAUAAAAAAGUGUCAUACAAAUUAAAAAACAAAAACUUAACAGAGAGAUAACAGAGACAGCAGUUAACAGUAUCAAUAAAAAAUUAUAUACUACUUAAAGUAAAGUGUUUAACAAACAUAAUAUAAAAAAAAUUAAAAAAUAUAAAUAUAAUUUUUAAUUAUAAAAAUUAAUAAAAAUAAAAAAGAAAACAUUCGUGAGAGCAACAGGUUUCUCUCUCAGCCAUGAACUCACCACAGCUGGUGCAAACAGCGGCGCAAGCUCACCACACUGAGAACGCCGGUUCGACGUCGUUGCCGCAGCAAGCGUCGACUGCUCAGUCGGCGAAUAAGUACGCGCCUGGAAGAAGGCUAGCCGCCCGGCAAACUCUCAGAUUGGCGAUUCCCAAACAACAACCGGGUGACCCCAGCAGCACACUUGGCCACCCCCACACAGUGGGUGUUUUCCGGCACUCCCCUUCGCAGCUGCCACCGGCUCCGGUUCUCAAGAGGGUCACUCCCGGCACCAGCUGCAGCACUGGAAUUCCGAAAUCCGCCUCACCCCUGGAGUCCCAUCACCUGCCCAAUGUCACGCCCACUCGCCUGGGCUAUGGCAGCGGCUGCUCCAGCGCCUCCUCAGCCUCCAAUUUCUUGGGGGUGCGAAAGCCCAGCCUGACCUUGAACUCCUCGGACAUCAGGAACAACAAUGAUCUGUUCUCCUUCCCCAAGGACAUGUCGCCAGUUCUGAGUGAUCACUCACACUCGCCCAUGUUUACGGACAUCUCUUCGGCAAACAGCAAUGGAUCGCCAACCCAUCACCACCAGCUGGGCAGGCUCUUCAGCUUGAGUCCUUCCAGUAUCAGGAGUUACGGAAAUAUGACAGACUUCUCGGAUAGUUCGCCCAGCGGAGUGCUGAGUCCGGCCACUUCCCUGAUCGAGAAUUUCCACAAGAAGAACGGCUCUCCACAGCCCACUAGCACCACCACCAUGGUGACACCCGCAGCCCUGAACGGAUCUGUAGUGGGUGGAGUGGGUGGCGUGGUGGCCGGCACGGCGAAUGGAAGGCAGAUCAAUACCAGCUCUAGUUCAUGCAGUAGUCUUAAGGAAACCUCACACCAGUCCACAUCCACUUCGCAACAGGUUGUCAACAGCAGCAGCAAUAGCAGCAGCAGCACCACAACGACGCGAGUGGAGAAGAAAUCACAGCGCCUGCACCACCACAUAACCUCCUCAUCCUCCAGCUCAUCUACCUCCUCAUCGUCCUCCUCCAGCUCCACCGCCCAGGCCCUGUCCACAUCCUCGGAGAUGAAGGCGGCGAUGGUUAAGCGCGAUCUCACAAACAUCCAGAAGUCCAUGUCGGAAAUCAACGAUCUGGCCAUUGAGCGUAUCACAGGAGCAGGAUCGGGAUCAAACACAUCAUCCACACAGGCCAUCACAGCGCCCAGCACAAUGGCCCAGACGACGGCCAGCCGGCUGACGCCCAAACUCACAUCGGCCCAUCCGUCGAUCGACGAUCUCAGGGGUCUCAGCAACCAGGACAAGAUUACGCAGCUGCAAAAGAAACUUCGACAGUCGUUCGAGAAUCUGGACGUCGACGAUGACAGCAAUGUGAUCGUUACCCUGCCGGACGACGACGACUGCCCCACCAACCACUUUGGCAGUGGCCUGGACCUCACCCACCCCACCGCCGCCCAGCUGAGCGCCAGUGGGCUAAGUGGUUCGAACAAAACGAUCGACACGAUCAAAUUCCAGGAGAAACGCAUGAAGACCGAGUCCAAGACCAAGGUCGUCACCGAUGGCUUCAGCUCCGAGCAGGCCACCAGCAAUUCGGCGGAGAUGAAGCGACUCCAGGCCGGGGACAUAGACUACCAGGAGAAGAAGGCCACGGCGGCGAUGCAGAAUCGAUUGGAGGUGGACGGAGUCAAAACCGAGGAGAAGGCAGCCAUUGUUAAGGAAGCACUCUCCCUGCGCACCGGCGACAUCACCCAGCAGGCCAGCAACAAUGUGGCCGCCUCCAGUAUUAGCGUCCAGAGCGACACCUUCUCGGCGGACAAGAAGGCCAUCUCGCAGUCGCAGCAGUCCCAGACGAUGACCUCCAACGGUAUCAUUAGCCAGAACUCGCACGUCUCAUCCGCGUCCCAGGCCAACUACUCCAUGACCCACAAGGGCGUCUCCAGCUCCGGCAGCAGCAUGAUCACCAGCUCCUCCCAGAUGUCCGCCAUGAACGGCCAAAUGGUCAAGCUCACCGAUCUCAAACUGGACGACCUCAAGUCCCUGACCGCCGGCAGUGGCCAGCAGGAGAUCGAGCAGACGAUCAACAAGUAUUCCAACAUGCUGACCUCCAUCGUGAGUUCGCUGCAGGACGACGAACGGGGCCUGACCCAGCAUGUGGCCGGUCAGGAGAAGUCCGAGUACCUGGAGAAGAUCAACGAAGUCAUCCGGAGGGCCUGGGCAGUGCCCACACAUGGCCACGAGCUGGGCUACUCCCUGUGCAACUCGCUCCGGCAAAGCGGCGGCCUCGACCUGCUGAUGAAGAACUGCGUGAAGCCCGAUCUUCAGUUCUCCUCCGCCCAGCUGCUGGAGCAGUGUCUGACCACCGAGAACCGCAAGCACGUGGUGGACAAUGGCCUGGACAAGGUGGUUAAUGUGGCCUGCGUCUGCACCAAAAAGUCGAAUAUGGAGCACUCCCGCGUUGGCACCGGGAUCCUGGAGCAUCUGUUCAAGCACUCGGAGGGAACCUGCUCCGAUGUGAUUAGGCUGGGCGGCCUGGAUGCCGUGCUCUUCGAGUGCCGAACCAGCGAUGUGGAGACACUGCGACAUUGUGCCAGCGCUCUGGCGAAUCUGUCGCUUUACGGCGGAGCCGAGAACCAGGAGGAAAUGAUCGUCCGCAAAGUGCCCAUGUGGCUGUUCCCGCUGGCCUUCCACAACGACGACAACAUCAAGUACUACGCCUGCCUGGCCAUCGCGGUGCUGGUGGCCAACAAAGAGAUCGAGGCGGAAGUGCUGAAGUCCGGCUGCCUGGAUCUGGUGGAGCCGUUCGUCACCAGCCACGAUCCCUCGGCCUUCGCGCGCUCCAACCUGGCCCACGCCCAUGGCCAGAGCAAGCACUGGCUGCAGCGACUGGUGCCGGUGCUGAGCUCGAAUCGCGAGGAGGCCCGCAACCUGGCCGCCUUCCACUUCUGCAUGGAGGCGGGCAUCAAGCGGGAGCAGGGAAACACAGACAUCUUCCGGGAAAUCAAUGCCAUUGAGGCGCUGAAGACCGUGGCAAGUUGCCCGAACGCCAUCGCCUCCAAGUUUGCCGCCCAGGCACUGAGAUUAAUCGGCGAGACGGUGCCCCAUAAGCUGUCCCAGCAGGUGCCCCUGUGGUCCGUCGAGGAUGUCCAGGAGUGGGUGAAGCAGAUCGGCUUCAACGACUACAUCGACCAGUUCAAGGAGUCCCAGGUGGACGGUGACUUGCUGCUGAAGCUCAACCAGGACAACUUGCGCGACGAUAUUGGCAUCGGCAAUGGCAUCCUGUUGAAGCGCUUCGAACGCGAACUGCAGUGCCUGAAGCGAAUGGCGGACUACUCCUCGAAGGACACGGCCAAAAUGCAUCAGUUCCUGCUGGAGAUCGGCGCCGACUACUGCACGUAUACGUACGCGAUGCUGAAUGCCGGCAUCGACAAGUGCUCCCUGCCGCAUGUUAACGAGGACAUGCUGAUGACGGAGUGUGGCAUCCACAAUUCGAUCCAUCGGUUGCGCAUCCUCAAUGCGGUGAAGAACCUGGAGAACUCGCUGCCCAGCUCGUCGGAGGAGAACAUGGCCAAGACACUGGACGUGUUUGUUAGCUACAGGCGUUCCAAUGGCUCCCAGCUGGCUAGUUUGCUCAAGGUUCAUCUACAGCUGCGUGGCUUCUCCGUAUUCAUUGACGUGGAGCGACUGGAGGCGGGCAAAUUCGACAACGGCCUCUUGAACAGUAUUCGGCAGGCAAAGAACUUUGUCUUAGUAUUAACCCCCGAUGCCCUGCACCGCUGCAUCAACGACGAGGACUGCAAGGACUGGGUGCACCGCGAAAUCGUGGCUGCCCUGAACUCCAACUGCAACAUCAUACCCAUCAUGGAUCAGCAAUUCUAUUGGCCGGAGGUGGAGACGCUGCCGGAGGACAUGCGUAGUGUGGCGCACUUUAAUGGCGUUAGCUGGAUCCACGACUACCAGGACGCGUGCAUCGAUAAGCUCGAAAGAUUUUUGCGAGGCGAAAAGAAUAUCGAUCGCAUUGCGGCAAUGGUGCCCGGCACACCCGGCUCGGUCUCAUACCAAAGAAUGCACAGCAACGACUCCGAUUAUCAAGGCGGUGGCGGCGGCGGAGGAGGGCCGCCAGGCGGAUCUGGAGCAUCGUCAGGAGGAGGUGGUGGCGGCGGCGGCAACGGCAGCGGCGGCGCAGGCAGUGUGGUGGAUGGCCUUAUGGUGGCGACCAAUGGCAGCGGACAAGCUAAUCACCAGGCAAAUAGGUACCGCCAGUCCCCCUCGCCGGCACGACAACGCGGCAGCACCUCCCAGCUGAGUGGCUACUCCCGGGCCCCGGCCAAGCGCUCCCAAAUCCUGCCCCCCUAUCGCACCCAGCAGGCGGCUCUGCUGAACAAGUCGGGAGCAGGAUCCGCAUCCAUGCAAAACAUGACACCGCUGGCGUAUCUACCGCCCCGAAGGAGUUCGGCGGCGGGAUUGGGAGCCAGUUCGGGCAUGGGCAGUGGCUAUCGAUCGCACAGUGUGGACGGUUUGCUCGACCAGGCGGGUUCCAGCUCCACAACGCCGGAGCAACGGAUAGCAGCGGCUGCUGCGAUGGUGGCGGCGGGGAGCACGGCUCUGACCAAUGCCAGUUCAACGCGCACUCUGCAGCCCGAGGAGGAGGAGGAAGCGGAAGCCCGUCCGGAUCCGGUGACGCGUCGCGACAAGCACACUCUAUCCCCGCCAUCUAAUGUCCAGCAGCACCGGAAAUCCCGCAGCCUGGACCACAUCCUCAGCAAGCAGACGUUGGCGGAGCUACUGCCGCCCGGGAGCGAGCCAGUGGAUGAAACCCAAAGUAUGCAGAACCUGGCCAUUCCAAUGACCCCCCAGCCGCAGCGUAGGGAUACCAGCUCCUCCUCGAAGUCACCGUCUCCGGACAGGCCACCGCCGCCGGCGAGGGAGAGGGUGCCGCGGGAGCGUCAGAGCCCCGAGGGUGUGAGUGCGACGGAGAGCGAGCGGGAGGACCAGGCGGACGGGUGCCUGAGGCACGGGAACCAACAGAGGGCUUCCGCUUCCGUUCACCGAGGCGCCAGCUUGACCAGCAACAAGACCUCCAACUCAUCGCUGGGCUCCACCAACAGUGCCGGCGGCAACAACAAGACCAUCUUUAAUCGUACGAUGAAGAAGGUCCGUUCGCUGAUGAAAAAACCAUAAAAGCGAUAUUGGCUAACGCAAUCCGUUAUAACUGUUGUUAUCGUUGUGCCUGUUGUACUACACCCCGCCCACACAACCACACGACCACCAACCACCCUCACAAUCGAUCGAAUCGACUCUGAGAACCCCCGACUUUCAUCCCAACUCACCAGCGGUGGUGAUCCAGCAUCCGCUGUCUCGACAACCCAACCAACAUUCAUUCUAAUUUAUUGCGAAACUGAAGAAACCAGAUAUCCACAAAAAGAGUAUCAGCAUUGCGAAUACCAAUAAACGUGUAUAUAAUUUCAUAAAUCCAA